GUCACGGUACGGAGAGGAUGUUACGCUCUCCGCCGCUUCUCGCUGCCCAACGGAGGGAGCAUUAGAUAGUCCUUCGAUAACAGGAAAUAACAGUUGACUGUGUGAUGUUAAUGAAAAUUAAUUCAAGUGGCUCUUUCUGAUGGACGUGCCCCUCUCUCACGAGUGAAUAAUUUUUUUUUUAAUUGAUGAAAAUAUUUAUGAUAAAUGUAAUCAGUGGGGUCUGGUAAAAAUAGUGACGUGCUUGGAAAUGAUUUUGUUGUAGGCUAUCAUGAGCGAAAGAGGAAAAUAAUUUCAGAUUAUAUUUUGUAUGCUGUAAUUGGGCAAUCGGAAGUUAGCGAAACAUGGACACUUUAAAAUCUUAGGAAUAUUAGAUCGAAUAAUGGCAUCCGUCGUUCUCAAGAUGUGAUCGUACGAUAAGAAUACAUUUAUAAAUAUUUGAGAAAAAGUGAUGUUUUACUAAAUUAUACGUAUUUCUCUUGCGGUGAACUGGGGAAAAUAUGAUUGAUAUCAAAAGUGUGGAAAAAUUUAUUGACACCAAGUAAUGAAAAUGUGAUUGAUAUUUAUAAUGCAGGAAAAAAAUUUGACAACAAACAAUGAAAAUGUGAAUGAUAUUCAAAAUACCGGACAGAAUGACUGACACCUAGCAAUGAAAACGAAGAGAGAAUUCAGUGUACGCAGACACACAGCACAAACUUGCCCACCUUCUUGAAAGGUCGAGUUCUUUUUCUUUCGAUUUCGAAUUCACAUCGGUCACUUCUGAUCUUGACAUUCACAGUAUAAGCUGAUGGAUGAGUUGACUUGUUUCGCGUCCCACACUCCGAAGUAACCAUACAUGAAUUGCACGGGGGCGUCAUGUCCCUCUCUUUCCGGGGACGUCUCGGACCUCAGCUCGCUCUCGAAGGAACUGAGAUUCCAAUCGACGAGUAAUAAGGUCACCGCCGCUCGAGGGGUCGGGUUUCCUUCAGUGAUCCUCCCCCAGGCGACCAUUCGGAGGAGAAAUAGCAUUGCCGUGUUGUUGCUUUUUUUAAUGGUCACUUCCUCCACCGUGGUUCCGGUGGAUCCGCGGCAAGACAGAAGGACCCUUUCCCCUAUUGGAUUUGCCAAGGAGUCCUUUGGAAGAAACCACAGCCAAAGAUGGUUUAUGAGGAAGAGAAGAGCUCCCCCCAGUCUGAAAAUAUCAAAGCCAGUCGAAAGUUCCCUCCUGCAUGAUCCUCCCCGCAAGGGGAGCCUUCAGACUUCAGGUAAACUUGAUCCAAAGGUACUAGCACAGAUGAAGCCCUAUUUCCACUCUCCAGGAGGUAUCUCAGACCCUAAUGAGAACCAGACAUUUCCUAGUUCCCAAAUACCUUCCACAUAUAUUCCCUUCAAAGAUGAACUUAAUAAUAAAAAAACAAAAUUUAAGCCCUUUUCCACAAUGUCCAGUUUUGUAAAUGUCAGCAUAACUUCAAAGUUCACUUCAUCAUCAGUGUUCAAUACAAUAUUAAGUAAAAGAGUUGCGAUAUUAAGUUACGGGAAAACUUCUAGGAAAGUUAACAACAGACAAGUUAUUUGUUACGGGAUGGGUAGGUUGAAACAUUUUACUAACGUUAGCUGCCGUAUUUGUGGUGUAGUGAAUAGAACGUCUGAUUACUUAGAUUUUAUUUUAACAGAUAAAAAGGAAUUGAUAGGUCCGAAGGUGGUUCAAUGUGCUAAUGAUGUUAGUGAAGAAAAUGUAAAUCCAGUAUAUGUAUCGCUGCUAUUACUUCAAAAAGCAUAUCAACUGCCGAAGACAGACCUCCUGGAAAAGGAGUGUUACUGUUUGAAUCUCUUCAACAAAACCCUACAAAGAUGGUUGCGAGGAAAGUCUAAAAAAACAAGAAUUUAUGAAGUGAGAAGGAAAACUCAACAAAACGUUUUUCCUCAAAAGUCUCACUCCAACAAAACGAGUGGGAGGAAAGAAGUAGAUAAUUUUAUAGAAGAUAGUAAAGUUAAUGUAACAAAGAGUCUUUCAGCUCUAUUGAGAAAUGUAAAUCUCCUGGGGAGACGUAACACUGUCAAGGAAACUUCAAAAGCAAAGGGGCACAUCAGACGGAAGCGAUUUCUUUCCUCUUUUGUGAAUGCUAAAAAAUCUUUUAGCCGUAGAAGCAAGAAGAGUAAGAAGAACACAUCUCUGCCUGGGAAAGAAAACAAACGGAAAAGAUUCAGUUCAUUGUAUGGACAAAGAGUUUUAACAAAGGAAAAGUCCGGUUGGAGAAUCUUACUUCUCUCAGACAAAACUUACGAUUCUAAAAGAGAGACGCCAAACAGUGACAUCAGGAAUUUACUCAAUGUCAAAAGGUAUAUCGCUGAAAAUGGAGGAGAGGGUUAUUCGUUGAAACCGAUUUCACAGAAGGAAAACAUUGAUAACAGACAUCGAAACUGCUCAAAAUCUGAUUUUAAACAGUGGCCAAUAUCAGACAAGAAGGAUCCCACGAGGAUUUGGAAAAGUGAAAAUGGUAAGGGGUCGUGGAAAGAAGUAUCUCCAUUAUCCAGAAUAUCUUCGAAGGAAAAUUAUGAAUUAUCGUGGAUUUUCCCAGAAAUAAGAAAUCCAAACACCUCUCGUCUGUCAGUGGAAGUUCCAGAGACCUUCGCAACAAAGAAAAGGAACAGGAGAGAAAGGGGAAACAUGUGCAAGGGAACCAUACAAAAGGCGUACCCAUCGGCCGGUAGGUCUCGUAGUUUAUUGGCUUUAAACAACACCGACAAAACAAGACUUCCCACAUCUCAACAGCAGCCACCAAGGGCGCCACCAAGGGCGCAGCUUAGCCGGAGAGUUAGGACGAAAAAGGCGAGGAGAAAAAUUCACGCCAACAACAGCGAACGAAAGGAAAAAAUCGGGGACACAUUUGAUGAAAAUAUCGCGGGUGAGAGUCUUCACGAGAGACAGCAGAGUUUUCGAGAUCCUGUGGGAUUCUCAGGUGCGCCAGAAAGUCCGAAAGGAAUUGAUGAGCCUCUCGAGACCAACUUUCUCAAUACCAGAAAGUCAGAAGGAGAUGCAGGAACUUUUCCCGGUGAUGAACGCAGCCUCCCAAAAAAUCUUGGUCUGCCAAGAGGACAUCAGAAGAUGAUGGGUUCUCGGAGAAAGCGAAAAAUUGACAUAUCAAACGUUUCUGUCGUGGAGGGAGAAGAGGCAGCCUUGCCCUGCGACCUGAGGUCAGCUGAUCCGGAUGAUACCGUGCAGAUCAUCCUCUGGAUUAAGGAGGGACUCCACACUCCACUUUAUAGUUAUGACUUUCGGGAACUGAUGCGAGGAAAGCCGAAGGAAACGAAGCCCGACGCCAAUUCGACAGUGUCGAGGAGGACGUCCUUCAGAACAGACAGGUCCCCGGCAGCGCUCAUCAUCCAGAGGGCGGAGAUGGAGGAUGCUGGAAUAUACCGAUGCCGGGUCGACUUCCGCCAUUCGCCGACGCUCAAUUAUAGAGUCAACCUGACUGUUGUUGUUGCCCCAACCACUGUGCGAAUCGGCUGGUAUUCGAACCACUCUUCCAUAUCAACGGCCAAUGAAAAGGCAGGUCCCUUCCUGGAACGUUCACAGCCGACCAUCAUCUGUGCCAACGAUGACGGCUGGCCUCCGCCCUCGGUGAUGUGGUACGAAAACGACCAACUUCUGGACGACACGUUCUUCGUCGACUACAAUCAGGGAGUGGUGGAGAACGAGAUGGUCUUCCCGCCCUUGACGAGGGACGACCUCGGCCGGAACCUGACCUGCGUGGCCUCAAAUACCGACAAAGCUACUCCGGCGGCAAGGUCCGUUUUCAUCGACAUGACGUUGCGCAUAAUAGGAGUCAAACUCAUGAAGCUUGGUACAAUAUGGGCUGAAGAGAAAGCGAGAGCAGUCUGUCAGAUAUGGGGGUCCCGACCCCAACCCAACGUACUUUGGUGGCUUGGCUCCCAAAUGCUUUCGCCAGCCGAGACUAAGAUCUCACCGCAAGAUAGGAACGUCACACUGUCAUACCUGGAUUUCGUCCCAACCUCCAAGGACGACGAAGCAAUGCUGAUUUGCCAAGCCACAAAUGAACUGCUUCCUGACCAAGCAGUUCAGGACUCCACGAUCCUGUCCAUUAACUAUGCCCCCGUAGUCAGCGUGCACCUGGGCCACUCAUUGGACCCCGAGAAGAUUAAAGAAGGAGAUGACGUUUACUUCGAGUGCACAGUUCAGUCCAAACCUCCAGUUCAUAAUGUCAUCUGGAAGCACAACGGCAUCAAAUUAAUGGCAAGACCAGGCAUCAUCCUUUCCAAUAUGUCGCUGGUUGUCCAGGGCGUCACUAGAUAUCACGGUGGGAAUUACACCUGUCACGCUGCCAACGUCAGAAAGACGUCUGCCUCUGCUCCUCUGCAUCUGGAUGUUAAGUACACGCCCUUCUGCGCCUCCGUUCAGAGGCAGCAGCAUUCUGUUGGGAAACUGGAAAACGCGGAGAUAUCCUGCAAGGUGGACGCCAAUCCCAAAAACGUUUCCUUCCGGUGGACUUUUAACAACACAGCUGAGGCCAUUGACGUUCCUGAAGGCAGGUUCGUGGUGGUUGGCACGGAAUCCAGAGUGAACUACACACCGAUGAAUGAGUUGGAUUACGGAACCCUCCUCUGCUGGGCGAACAAUUCCAUUGGAAUUCAGCAGUACCCCUGUGUCUUUCAAAUUGUGGCUGCAGGAAAACCAGACCCUCCUCACAACUGCAAAGUGUUUGAUGUUACGAUUAGCUCUUUUCAAGUUCAGUGUUUGCCAGGAGAUGAUGGAGGUCUCAACCAGAUGUUCAUCCUUCAUCUAUACAAAGUUGGAGCCGUCUCCCCAAUAGCCGAAUUUAGUCAGGCCACUCCUUCCUUCACCAUCAAUAACUUGCAGCCUGCCACAUCGUACAGAAUUGUCUUAGCGUCUGUCAACGAGAAAGGCACUUCCAGACUCAUAGAGCUCAACGCUUACACCAUCAAGGUGCUGGAGAAGUUGGAGGAAACUAGCGCAGAACCAGCACGCGACCGAGUCCGCGGCAAGGGCGUGCCGCUCGAGGUGAUCCUGGGCAUCAUCGGAGCGGUGGUGUUAGUGGUGCUCGCCUCCGUCGUCUUGGUGUGGUUUCGAGUCUGUCGCCACGCCGCCAGAAACGAGGAAGAGUCCGAAGGGGGGAGCGCUGGGAGCGGAAGCGAAGCGAGUUCCAAGUGCCAAGUCAAGGAGACAGCAACCACAGAGACGGCCGUUUCUGAAACCACUCCCCAGGUCACUCGCCACCACGACAUUCAACAACCUGCAGAUCCUUCGUGGUCGACCGAGGGAGCUCUUAUUUCAACGAUAUCAGCUCCUCCUUAUGUGGUGGCAGGAGGAGACAACCAAUAUCCGGCAGCGACGGGAGCGCCAGCGCCGUCCUCAGAGGUUAGUGGUGCUCAGUACUCGCACUAUCCGGAACAGGGAACUUAUUACACUUAUUCACAGUGCUCGGCUGAAGUACAGCUGCAAACGCCUGCCAGAAAAUUGCAAAAUGUGCCUUAUUAUACUGACUCUGCUCAACUGCAACAGGUUCAAGAGCCUUCAGCCAUCGGCCCUUCUACCUUAGAAUACAAUCCCUGUGUCCUUCAGUUUCCUCCUCCACCUCUAGGACAACUUGAACAGGGAGAGAAUUAUCACGUGGCCACUCAAAGAGGAGAACUUUGCCCAGCCGAAUCCCAAAUCAGCGCGGCAGGCCAAGACCAUGGCAAAGUCUUCCCUGCCCUCCUGCACAUCCUCCCUGGGUCAGUGUCGAAGGCUUCCCAGAGCUCUCACUGCAGCGUCCAUCACUGUCCGAAUGAGCUCCUCUCGGUGCUGGAGAGCUCGAACGUCCCCUCGGUGACCCACGCUAUCAACAGGAAGGGCUCGCUCAAAGUGCUCUCGCGGUACAGAGAUGUCCCUCCAGAGCCGUUACCUGUCUCUGUCCCAUCCUUCCAGUCCAUGGAAGACAUAUCCAAAACCCAAAGGAAAUAUCCAGUGCCGGUAGAUCAGUUCACGACUUCACUAAACAGGACCAAACAUUUAAAACCCCAGCUCUCCAAAGAGGCUGUUGAUGUAAAAUCAUGCCAACACUUGACCAACACGAUCCCUAGGAGCCAACGAAAAAACAAAAUGGAAAGUGCUGUUUAAAAUUGUCAUUUUAAUAAAAUUAAAAUAAAAUGUAAGUAAAAUUUUUUUUGUGAAUUACUGGAUGAAAAACCAAAAUGCAAAGCAUAAACUUGUUUGGAAAAUUUUCGACGUGAGAAAAUAACAUUCAACAAAGUGGGUCAUGAUGCAAAAUAAACUAUUCUUCAAUUCGAAAGAAUCCAUAGAGAAAUAGAAUUGAAAUAACUUAUUGGUAUUGUCAUUAAAUUAAAUAUAAUAACCGAAUUUACUGUACAUUUGAACAAAAUGUUAAUUUUUAAGGUUUAUGAACAGCAAAUACAUAAUGAGGUUUCAAGGGCUUCGUUAGUGACAGUGAUAGCAUAGCGAAUUAUGAAAAUACAGUUUGAAAAAUCUGUUCUUUUUUAUUCUUUUUUUUAGAUAUUAAAAGAGAAAUUAAGGUGUUGAUGAAAAAUGAGCUUGAUAUAACAUAAUGCUAAUAAUUCUUUUCUUUAUUUUACAGCAAGACCGUUCUAUCUAAGAAAAGACAGUUUUCUUCCUAAACUGAAUGAUGUUUUUCUACCAUUCACUCUCUCUCUAUCGUUAGUGAAUGAGUAAAUGUACGUAU